UCCGCCGCACGCAUGCGUGCACGACGCUCUCCCCAUCCGCCGCCGGGCCGUGUUGCGCAUGCGUUGCCGGGUCUGGCAGCUCCCUGUCGUCGGUGUCGCGCGGCCGCUGGUCUGUGCGCGUGGUGCCGCCCCGUGGGGGGAUGUCAGGCCGCGCGCCGUGGCGGGAGGAGGAGGGGGAGGAAGAGGAGGAGAUCGCGAAGCUGCGCCACAAGGAGGAGCUGAGCCGGAGGAUUAAAGAGCAGAAGGUUGUAGUUGAUGAGCUUUCUAAUUUGAAGAAGAACCGGAAAGUUUAUAAGCAGCAACCCAAUAGCAAUAUAUUCUUCCUUGCAGACCGAACAGAAACGCUAUCUCAAUGCAAAAAUACAUUAGAUGAAUUAAAGAAGGCACAUCAGGAGAUGGAAAAUUCAGAAAAGACUAAAACGAAGAAAUAGUCCAUCUGAAUUCAGAAUCGCAAUGUGUGGUAUUUGUUGCGUUGUUACCUUGUGUGGCCAGCA